UUUGAAACCGUUUGGCGCGUUCAUUGCUCAACCGAUCAACAUGAUGUACGUGGCAACACUGGUCCUCACUGCAGGAUCGACCCUUGGAGCGGCAGUGCUUCCCGCAACGAUCGAUGUCGCUUCGACGGCGACGCGCGCGAUCACGGUUUGCUCCAGCUUGAACGGCCCCCACUGCUUCGACAUCAACGCCCGAAACGUACCGUCCUACCUCCUGCACGACGUCGAAUUCACUCCUGAGGCCGCGCGUCGACAGGUCGAGGCGACAUCGAUUCCGAGUUCGUCGUUCUUUUCCCAGGACGCGGUGGUUGUCGCCGUCGCACCAAGUGCAACGACGUCCAAACAGCGCUCUGUAGCGACGUUUCCGCAGAGUUUGGUGCUAUCCGUUCUGACGAGCGAGGCCCGCGACGUCAUCUCGAUCGACGAAGAGGACCGCAUUCUCGAGGCGUGGCGAGCCUACGUCCGUGCCGCCAUAAAUGUAGUGAUGACGGACGACGCCUUUGCAGCGCGCUGGGCAAACUUUCUGGAUUUGCUCUCGACCAAGCCAGCGCCCGUGCUCAACCACGGCCGCGACCAUAUCGAAGCGCACUUUACAGCCGUGUUUGGCGCAGACGUUGCAGCGUACGAUGCCAUCAUGACAGAGCUCCUCGUGCUCGUGACGCAAACGACCGCGCAACGAGACGGACAGCGCGCAAAAGGUCACGUCAGCAUGCUUGCGACGGCUACGGCGACGCGUCACGACGAGCACAAUAGCGCCUGAGCAGCCACGUCUCGUCCUUUCUACUGACGUCGGAAAAGGAAGAUGGGUCGGCGCUAGUAGCUGCUGCAGGCCCCAAAACAAGUACAAGUACUCGUAACGAGCAAACCGCCAUUGAUUUUU